GUAACCUUUGUUUUGCUGGAAUAAUAAUGUGGAAACUUUGUACAAUAAACAUUUUUAUUUUAAGUGAGGUAGUAUCUGGAAUAAAGCAGCUGCAUGUUAAAGAUGGAAUGGAAUUCUAUCCUAAGGAUUCAGGUUUUCAUCUCACAAUCGAUUCUAGUUGGACUGUUUGCUUUAGAUUCAGAUUUUCUAAAUUAAGAAGUGGGGUUGUUCUACAAAUUCCAGAAAACCUGAACCAGGAAACUCCUGUAUUUACAUUCAGUCUCCAGUCAAUGGACCACAGUUUUCUUUAUGUUCACGGGAAAAGUUAUCUUAUUCAACAUAGACUUCAGGUUCCUCACUGGAAUCAUGUCUGUUGCUCAUUAAUCUCUGAAUCGGGAAAUUUGUUGUUCACAAUGAAUAGCUUUGAUUUAGAGGUAGAGCAUAAUUUGAAUGAUUGGGAUAAUAUGAGAUCUAACAUGAAUGUGAGGAAAAAAAAACAUGCAGAGUAUUUCACUGGAUAUAUCACUGAUGUUCAAAUAUGGAAUUAUCGGUUGAAUCAAGCAGAUUCAUUGACUUGGAGCAGUUGUAAAUCAACUACAGGAGGAAAUGUAUUCAAUUGGAUGAACUAUUCCAGCCUUAUGAGCAGUGAGGUUAGUUAUGCACAGUUGUGCCAAGCUACUCAGCAGAAUAUAAUAAUAAUAUCUGAAAAGUUGUCUCAUGACAAAAUGUCUAGCUACUGCAACGGAAUUGGUGGCUGGAUGUACAGAUCAGGAUCUGUGUUUGAUCCUGAGAGAGAAAUCAUCUUUUCCAUGUUUCAAGAAUAUCCAAAAUGCAAUGAUGAGUCCUACAUUUGGACACAGUUCACCCGAAAUAACAAUAACAAAUUUGUCAAUGAAUUUGGCAACGAAAUAGACAGUGAAUCAUGGGAACUCUUUGAACCAAAUGGCGGGUUUUAUGAGAAUUGUGGUGUACUUUCUUUGGAGACUGGCCAGUAUAGUGACAAGGGUUGUUCAUUACAUUUAUGCGGGAUUUGUGUUUUAAAUGCUAGCAAAACUUACAGUGUACGUGGAGAUACAAGUCCUUUUUUGUUUGAUAGCAUGUUCUACCUUUCAGAUACUUAUAGAGAUGAAAAAGUUGUAUUGGAAGGUUUAACUUUUUCAACAUUGUAUUUUGAAAAUUUAUCUUGGACAAUACGUGAUGAUAAUAUUAAUUGGAAACUUGAAAAAUCCUAUUCUCCGUUAGGAAAGCAUGUCUGGAAGUUCAAUGAGAACUUCAGUGUCCUCAUUAGCAUUGAUUCAUGCAACAAUAUGCAGUACAACUGUGAUGAUGGUUCCUGCAUAGAAAUUGAAAAGCGUUGCAAUGGAAAAUUUGAUUGUUCUGAUUCAAGUGAUGAGGCUAGAUGCACAACAAUACUCCUUCCUACUUCAUAUGAUAAAUCUAUUCCUCCCACCGAGGAUGAUGGAACUCCUCUUAUUCUUGAUCUCAAGGAGUUAAGUUUAGGAAUUAAUAACAUUGAAGACACUAAAUCUCACAUUAAUAUGCAGUUUACAUUGAUAACAAAAUGGAGGGAUUCAAGAUUAACAUUUCUGAACAUCAAACCAAAAACAAAUUUCUCAAUUUCAUGGAAAGAAUUUGAAUCAAUUUGGUCACCUAAAUUUGCUUUGAGGAAAACCACUGAGGAAAACCUAAUUGAAAAUCCCAGUUUCAGAAAUAUCAUUGUUACAACAAAUGAUAAUGGAAUAUCAUCUGGUAUAACAACUGUAGAUCAUGCUAAAACCUUUAAAGGAAGUGUUGUGGACAUAAUUCUACGUCAACUUUAUAAUGUUAAAAUCAUUUGCAAAUUUGACAAAUUACCCACUUACCCUUUUGAUAAAAAUGAAUGCAAAUUUGACCUAUUCCUCUCGAGCUCAGAGCAAGGUUGGGAUUUUAAGGAUAGUAACAUAAAGUUUGAGAAAUCCUUUCAUCUUAAUCCCACCCCGUAUGAUGUUCCCCCCUAUGAGGUUGAAGAGAAUGAGGCGACAAUCAAGGAAACUGGGAUACUCACCAUUUCUUUCAGCUUGAAAAGAAAGUUUACUGGAGUUUUUUUCCAACACAUAUUACCAAUAUAUCUUCUUACCUGGAUUGUGUAUACUUCUUGCUUCUACUACAAGCAGAUGUUUGAAGCUGCAAUCUCGGUGAAUGUGACUUGUCUUCUCACAAUCUCAGGGAUGGUAAAUUCCCAAUAUCAGUAUUUACCAGUCACAACAGGUCUUAAGGUUAUUGACAUCUUCAACAUCAAGAGCAUUGUUUUAACCUCCUUAGUAAUACUUAUGCAAACUCUACUUGUAAAGUAUAGAAAGGGGUCAUGCAACCUGAGAGGUUUGGAUUUGAUAUUGGUCUGGGUUAUCCCAAUCAUUGGUUUAGCUGUGGACUCCUUCUUUCUAGUUUAUGGUGUUCUUUAUGAGAUGGAUUUAGUUUAACAAACUUAAUAUCAAUCUACCCUUUUGUGGUUUUAAAGGGUCAAGGACUUCUCAUAUAACUUUUCAGAAACAGACAAUGGACUUUAUACACUACAAAUGAAUUCUGGAAGUUUAUAAACACACUUAGUUGCUUAUGACUUGAUAUUUCUGACUGUGGAAACCCUUUUUUCAAAUAAUCUAAAUGUGAAGAUGCUUGCUUAAUAUAUAUUGUUCCAUAAACAUGAUUAUCAUAACUAAUGGAGACAUGAAGUAACAUAAAUAUAUCUGUAAAUAAGAUAAAAUAGAAAUGUUUUGGAUAAAUGGUAUAAGGUUGCCUUUUUUUAUUGGGUUUAACAGGAUAAAUCUGUCCAUUUCCUCCACACACUGUGCACACUAAAAAAAUUAGUAGUGAAAUUUUUUUUAACUUACAAAUAUUUUAAA